UAUUCUGAUGUGGAGCAUAUUACCAUAAUUACAAACUCUUUUAUAUGCUCAUAGUCAUUGCUAAGUUGAUGUUCAAACCUUUGAUUAAGAAGUCACAAAGCUGAAUGUGUUCAGACAGCUGUGUAAUAUGGCUCCUAUUCACAAAACACAGAUAACUGUUUUAGUCCCCCACCUUUUUUGGUCCCCACAUUUAUUGCCACAAAUUUGUCUUUCUCCCAUAGCUAGACUUUUAAUUAAUGGUGAAAUAAUAAAAUGUUGUAUUGUGAUAUUUUUGGUGACUUGAAAGUUAACAGAAAGCAACACUGCUCAUUCAUGCCCUUGCUUUGUCACUCCCUGGUGCAGUUCAUCUCUUCUAUCCUUUUUAUCAGAGUAUCUCAGUGCUUAGUUGAGCUUGUUUAUCUUAAAAGAGCAGGAGGCAGGCUUUUAGGGUGUAAGCUACAUGUUCCAGUAUAACAGGCACCAAUGCUGUUUGACUUGAAAAACAUUUGAUCUCUUACAUUAACAGCCCAUGUCACUGUAAUAGAUACUACAGCCGGGUUGUUCAGUUUUCUAUUAUUUUAGCUUCGAAAUAGCUGUUAGUGCUGCCCCAAAAUCUUCGUGUAUAAAAUUGUAUAUUGGCUGUCCCCCAGGACUCGUAAGUAAACAAGAAUUCCUCAGAGAGAGAAGACUGUAAUAAUGGUGAACCCCCUAGGAAGAUAAUACCAGAGAAGAAUUCACUUAGACAGACGUACAAUAGCUGUGCCAGACUCUGCUUAAACCAAGAAACAGUAUGUUUAGCAAGCACUGCUAUGAAGACUGAGAACUGUGUGGCCAAAACAAAACUUGCCAAUGGCACUUCCAGUAUGAUUGUGCCCAAGCAACGGAAACUCUCGGCAAGCUAUGAAAAGGAAAAGGAACUGUGUGUCAAAUACUUUGAGCAGUGGUCAGAGUCAGAUCAAGUGGAAUUUGUGGAACAUCUUAUAUCCCAAAUGUGUCAUUACCAACAUGGGCACAUAAACUCGUAUCUUAAACCUAUGUUGCAGAGAGAUUUCAUAACUGCUCUGCCAGCCCGGGGUUUGGAUCAUAUUGCUGAGAACAUUCUGUCAUACCUGGAUGCCAAAUCACUAUGUGCUGCUGAACUUGUGUGCAAGGAAUGGUACCGAGUGACCUCUGAUGGCAUGUUAUGGAAGAAGCUCAUCGAGAGAAUGGUCAGGACAGAUUCUUUGUGGAGAGGCCUGGCAGAACGAAGAGGGUGGGGACAGUAUUUAUUCAAAAACAAACCUCCUGAUGGAAAUGCUCCUCCCAACUCUUUUUAUAGAGCACUUUAUCCUAAAAUUAUACAAGACAUUGAGACAAUAGAAUCUAAUUGGAGAUGUGGAAGACAUAGUUUACAGAGAAUCCACUGCCGAAGUGAAACAAGCAAAGGAGUUUACUGUUUACAGUAUGAUGAUCAGAAAAUAGUAAGCGGCCUUCGAGACAACACAAUCAAGAUCUGGGAUAAAAACACAUUGGAAUGCAAGCGAAUUCUCACAGGCCAUACAGGUUCUGUCCUGUGUCUCCAGUAUGAUGAGAGAGUGAUCAUAACCGGAUCAUCGGAUUCCACAGUCAGAGUGUGGGAUGUAAAUACAGGUGAAAUGCUAAACACACUGAUUCACCAUUGUGAAGCAGUUCUGCACUUGCGUUUCAAUAAUGGCAUGAUGGUGACCUGCUCCAAAGAUCGUUCCAUUGCUGUAUGGGAUAUGGCCUCCCCAACUGACAUUACCCUCCGGAGGGUGCUGGUUGGACACCGAGCUGCUGUCAAUGUUGUAGACUUUGAUGACAAGUACAUCGUUUCUGCAUCUGGGGAUAGAACUAUAAAGGUAUGGAAUACAAGUACUUGUGAAUUUGUAAGGACCUUAAAUGGACACAAACGAGGCAUUGCCUGUUUGCAGUACAGGGACAGGCUGGUAGUGAGUGGCUCAUCUGACAAUACUAUUAGAUUAUGGGACAUAGAAUGUGGUGCAUGUUUACGAGUGUUAGAAGGCCAUGAGGAAUUAGUGCGUUGUAUUCGAUUCGAUAACAAGAGGAUAGUCAGUGGGGCCUAUGAUGGAAAAAUUAAAGUGUGGGAUCUUGUUGCUGCUUUGGACCCCCGUGCUCCUGCAGGGACACUCUGUCUACGGACCCUCGUGUUGUGUAACCAUCACAUCAACAUACACAUUUUCAUCAUCCUCAGGAGUUCUCUACGCCCCUUCAUGUCAGUUUACUCCCCCUACCCACUAGCAACUGUUAUCAACUGUUCAUCUGAUUUUUAUCCCUAUAGUUUGUUUUAUUAUGAACAUCUGAUAAAUCAUGGAGUAUGUAGCCUUUUGUGUUUGGCUUUGAGAUUCAUCCAUGUGAUUGUAUGUAUACUUUGUUGCUUUUUAUUGCUGAGUAGUAUUCCAUUAUGUGAAUGAGCCAGUUUGUUUAUUCAUUCGGUUUAAAGAUAUUUGGAAUGUUUCCGGUUUUUGCUGAUUCUUAGUAAAGCCACUGAAAACAUUUCCAUACAGGCUUUUCUAUGUUCAUACUGUUUUCAUUUCUCUUGGGUAAUAUAGAAGUGUGAUUUCUGGAUUUUAUGAAAGUGUAUGCUUAAAUUUAAAAGAAACCGCCAAGCUGUUUCCUAGAGUGGCAUGGGAUUUUGCAAAUUGAGACCAGUCUGGUCAACAUAGCAGUACCUCAUCCCUGUUUAUUAAUUAAUUUUUUUUAAAUUUAAGCAUUUUAUAUUUUCACCAACAAUAUAUGAGUUCAAUUUUUCUAUAUCCUUGCCAGUACUUGCUAUUGUCAGUAUUUUUUAAACUAGAGCCAUUUGUGGGGGUGUGUAGUGAUGUAUCAUUGUUGAUUUAAUUUGUCUUUCUAUUGUAGCUAACAAUACUGAGAAGAUUAUUAAUCUUUUCUGUUGUAGCUAAUAAUACUGAAAAAAGAUUUUCGUGAAUGCUUAUCCUCUUUUGUUACCACUUUAUUUAUUGAGUUUUUUAUUAAAAUAGAUUUAUUGAGGUAUAAUUGACAUUAUAAUGGACAUACUGAAAGUGUACAACUUGGCCAGGCUCACAUCAUGGCUCACGCCUGUAGUCUCAACCCUUUGGGAGGCUACGGCAGGUGGAUUGCUUGAGCUCAAGAG